UGUUUUCCUUUCUGCAAAUAACAUAAUUUCAUUUUUAUUUAAUCUGAAUGACAUUUCAUAAUGUACAUAUGAGUAUACAUAUCUUACAGAUAUAUAACAUAUAUUAAUAAUUAUUUGGCAACAUGUGAGAUGCAAACUGACAUUUUAGUGAUUCAGGAAAAUAAUUAAUUCUGAAAUGUCAAGUAUUGGAAAACUGUCCAUCAGGUUCACAUGGUCACCUGGACACAAGUUUGCGUUGGUAGAUCAAGCUUAGAUUCAAGGCCUUGGGCACCAUUUCCUUGAGGUUCCAGCAUCGCAGGAUCAUCCCAGUGAUGGAAAGUCCAGAAGACGACAGGAUGCAGGCAACAUUGCUGCGGUCACUACAGGUGUGUAGCAAGUGAUCCAGCCGCAGUCUAUGAAAUGAACAGUUUCUCUGCCUACAGGUGUCAAGGUGAGGGAGGAGCACAGGGCAGGAUGCAGAAGUCUCGAUUCUGCUCCCUUCACCUUCAACUGGGGUGUCCUGGGCAAGGGUGCUCGAGUCACCCACAUGCUUUUACCUGCCUGAGGUUCCUGGUGGAAAGGCACCCACAGCUGGGGUGUCUGAAGACCCUCUCUCCUGCCCCCUGGCCUCUCCUUUCCUCUCACCUUUGCCUAAGCUCUUGCCUCCUCCACACUCCCUCUAUUUUCUUUCUUACCUCUCCUCCCAACUCUAAAGUCUCUCCUUUCUCCCCACACCUGGUUGGUGGUUCUUAAAUGUUGCGAGUCAGAGACUUGUAUUACCAUAAUUAUCAUAAGUCAGGGCACAAAGAAAAAGUGGUAGAUCAGUCUUGUCUGCCUAGGGUAGUACUUGGAGACUCCUACAGAUCCCCCAUCUUCCCAAAGACCUAGGAGAUGCAGCUUGCACCUUAUGAGCCAGCAUCCCACACUCACUUCCUCCCCUGGCUCAGUCUCCCUCCCCAUGCUCCUUCCCUGCAAGCCUCCUACAGGUGUUCCUGCCUGUCCCUAGUGUCACCUGCUCUGAGAGCAGAGACAGCAUCUUUACUCUGAGGAUUCUGGUGAAGUAGUGAAGGCUGAGUUACCAAGUCUAGGAGCCCAGUUCUUCAAUUUUGACAGGCUGAGUGACAAUCACAGACAGGGAUCAAAGAGCUUAGAGAGAGUUCUCACAUUUCCUGGUUUGACGCCAACGGAUGAAUCACAGGUUCUCCAAAACUGAACUCCGUAUUGAGAGUGGAGGAAUCCGCUCACACCGCAAAGGUCCACAAAGAGGAAAAGUUUAGUGCGACCACAAGCACUGAAAUUUGGCACUCUCAAAUCCACUUGCGGAGGAAAUCUCGUGACAGCCACCAAGCCCCUGCUGUGGGAGUCUGUCCCAGGCUUGAACUUUCCUGUUUCGUCCAGCAGGUGUCCACAGCACAGCCAACUCACAGUAGGCAUCGAGCCGGAGAGAGAUUCAUUGGAGCAGUUUUACAGAAUGAGAACAUGAUCUUCCAAGAGGCAAAGCAUCAUCCUAACAGGGAAUGCGCCAGGGUUAUUUGUUUCCCAAGAGGCAUCGUCUCCCACUCUUGUGUCCCCACCCCAUUUUAUUCCCUCCUGCCGAACGGCACUGCCUGCAGAACUAGGGGCAUCUGUCUGAAUGCCAUCAUUUCCUGCUAAAGGAAAGAAUUUCCGUCUGGGAACAGAAUGGCUGGGGUGGAACAGAACAUCACCAUCGAUCCUGAAAGCACCUCCGCUGAGCUGGUUCUAAAUGUAGAAGUCACUCUUGGAAUGAAAAGUGGGAAGGAAAUGCAAAAACAUAAGGAGGAAACGCAGGAUGGUCUUGGAAAACAGAAUACAAGCAUUUUAGCUGCUGUGUGUGCUCUGCUGAAUUCCCAAGGAGGCAAGGUCAGGGUUCAAAUUGAAAAUCAAAACUGUGAUUACGACAAACACAGAAUAGGAGAAGAUUUGGAGACCUCUUUCAAGGCUAUUAUGCCACUUGCUCAGAACCACCUAGACUUCAAACAGGAAGGACACUGCUUUGUCAUCUCUGUGAAAUCAUGCAGUCUGGAUAACUCUGGUUUGAAGCCUGCCACCAUUGCCACCAACUUGUACGUGAGAAACGGGGCCUCCUGUCAUCCAAUGGACUUGCAUACUGCUCUGCAAUUUUUCAAAGACCUGGAGAACCCUGGAUUAAGAUCUCCAAUAAAAACAAUGUUGUCUGACAAAAGGCCUUGGGAAGAUGUGCGAGAAGAACUCUGCAUCCCCGGACAAGAAGAACUCCAGGGGCAAGAAGAGCUCCACGUGCAAGAAGAACUGGAUGUGCAAGAGCUGGCUGCGGCUUUAUUCAACCAGGCAGAACUCACAGAAGAAAAAUUCUCCUUUAGCGAAUCCAAAAAUGUUGAAUGUAAAUCAUUCAAAACAAAAAAGUUGGUACAACGAGUUAAAGGUAUUCUCCCUAAAACUCUGUCUGCAUUUGCCAACACUGACGGGGGAUAUUUGUUCAUUGGUUUAGAUGAAAAAGAAAAGCAAAUAGUUGGUUUUGAAGCGGAGAAGAGCCACCUUGUGUAUCUAAAGUCUGAAAUAGAGAAGUGCAUCCGGAAGCUGCCUGUCAUUCACUUCUGUAAGAAGCAGGAGAAGUUACAGUACACAUGCAAAUUCAUCCCAGUCCUCAGACAGGGAGCCGUGCGCUCAUAUGUGUGUGCGCUCAGAGUGGAGAGAUUCUGCUGUGCUGUGUUCGCUGAAGAGCCUGAAUCCUGGCACGUGGAAGACAGCUGUGUGAAGAAGUUUACCACUGAGCAAUGGGUCAAGAUCUUAAUGUCUAGCAGGCCAGGGUCAGAAAGGGAGAUUAACAAUUAGGAUACAUUUAGCUUGGGAAGUUGGAAGACUUUCUCUUUGGAAUUUGAAACAAGAUCAUUAGUUCUGACUCUACUCAGUUAGUGAUUAACAGCGGAGCUGAAGUCUCCACUGCUCCUGCCAACUACCUGGGACAGAAAUUCCUCUCACCCUGGAUAUUACACCAACCACCUCUACUCCUGUGUAAAGAAAGCUCCAGCAUCUCCCACCUGAGCUCCAUUUCAGGCAGUAAGCAUUUCUUUCAGCAGUCUGGGCCUCGGUUGUUCGCUGUUUCUCUCCCCACCUUUUCCCCAUUGACUCUUCUCCCUGAACCAUCCUGCCUUCCACCAGUCACAUUAUUAGACAUCACACAGCCCUAGAGUUUGUGAUGAGAAAAGUACCUUGCGGUGUGUCAGGUUUGCAAAAGAAAAACCUCCAAUGAGGCCAGAGCAGCACCAGCAGCCCCAAGUCUGCACAGUUCCCAGCAGCUGCUGCCGUCUCCACCCAAGCUCACCAUUGCUUCACCAGCCUCCCACCUUCUUUACCACAGCUUUUCAAUAAAUACACAGAUAAACAAAUACAAACCUCAGCAAUGUGCUCACAGGAAACAAUCUUCUUCGUGAGAAACCGUCCAUUGAUUUGGGCCCAAUUAGAUCUAGUUUAGAGAUGAGAAAGUUUUGAUUUAAAUUUUAAAAUUCCCACAGAAAAUCAUGGAACUAAUAAAUUUCAACUCCAGGAUCCAAAGCCAAGGCUGCCCGACCCCAAAGUCAGUGUCAGCCUCCAUGCCUCUCUGCCUUCCUGGACAGCACAAUCAGUGACAUGCAGUGAUGUUGGGAUUCCCCUCUGUAUGCUGUGAUUACCAUUGAUUAAUAAAGAACUGUUUUGAGUCUAUAGCAGAGCAGGAAAGAAGAGAGCUAGGUGGAGAAACUAAACUGAAUGCUGGGAGAAAGGAGGCAGAGUGAGAGAGAAGCCAUGUAGUCCUGCUGGAGACAGACGGUGGAAUUUUACCCGGUAAGCCACAGCCACGUGGCGAUACACAGAUAAUUAAGAUGUAAGAGGUAUCCAAUAAGAAACUGGAGCUAAUGGGCCAAGCAGUGAUUUAAUUAAUACAGUUUCUAUGUGGUUAUUUCGGAGCUGAACAGCCAGGAAGAAACAAGCAGCCUCUUACUGCAGUGCAGCUCCGUGUUGACAGUAGUGGUCUGGUUUAUGCUGAGAAGAAGGAAUACACUUAUAGUAUUUCAUGUCAGCCAAAUUGAUUCCUCUUAAGUGCCACAACCUUUUCUCUAAAACCUAAUAUUUACCCAAGUGACUUACAUAGAAGGGGAUGCUCAGAGAAAUGCAUUAUCUUCACUAAGAAAUUUAAAAACAUAAUUGUCAUCAAAAAUUCUGUAGUGCCGCACUACAGAAGACUAGAAACAGAGAACCAUAAAAGAGAACCCAUUCUUGUUCUACCCUGAUCCAACAGACGGACCACAGCUGUUUUUCACUCUUUUUGUCUCCAUGCCCAGAAGCAUCUUGGCUGAGUUGUCAUCGUGGGCACACUCCACCUGCUGCCCCUCAGGGCUGAUGUUCCACAGCCCCUUCCCACUCUGCAGACAAAGCAUCUUCCAGGUCACAGCCUAGGCAUAGCAGGUCCUUGGUGCCUUUGAGCAAUGGGGGGGAUGGCAAUGCGGGUUUUUUGUAGCCUGAGAUGAGGCCUGUGGGAGAGGAAGAGGCUGGUGGAUUAGCACUUUACUCCAUUAAGUCUUAAAAUCCAGGACAUGGGAGGAUUCCAACACUCCAGGGCACUCGACCACAAAACAAUACAAGAGAGACACAUUCCCCGCCCCACAGGUCACUGUGAGAAGCUGGCACCCGUGACAAUUGUGUCCUCCGUGAAGAGUGGCAGUUGACAGGUACAGAAUCCAGGAGGUCCGUAAGCAGAUCCCUGCUUGCCCAAAGGUUACUAGACAGUGGCU